AUGAACCUGAGUGCGCCAGUACAAAAUUCUGAUUGGUUGGAGCCUCUGGUGAUUAUUCUGAGGAAGCAGUUGGCCUUCAUGCCCUCGCUGACACCCUCAAACCUCACCGGUCUUGUGAUGCCGGGCCUCUUCCCCUUCUCUGGUCCCGAGUCCUCCACGAGGGACUCCCGAUGUGCUGAUUGGAUCUGCCGUGAGAUCAAGCACCUCUGCCUCCAGAUCCUGGCCACUCUGCUUAAUCCUGCGCCCAGACGUCCCGCCGACAGCACCUUAGCCAGUAAGAGCUAUCUUUCUCUGUUAGCUUUCCGCAUAGCACACUGGACUUACUGUCUAUUUACAGUACGGCGGAGAAGUCGGGCAAAAGGUCGAAGUUUGCAAAAGAUUGCUAACCACUCACAGACCGGUAUUAACGCAUGUACGACGUCUUGGAAAUAG